AUGGCCAAUCCCUCCGAUGCGCCCGAGCGCGACCCCAAGAAUGGCCACGAUGAUGCUGAUGACAGUGGCGAUGAAGAUGUCUUCCACGAUGCUCACUUCCCAGCGGAGGAAGAAGCCCAACUCCUGAAAGAAUCCCAGGAAAUCAAAUCUGAAGCAAACCAGCUGUUUCUAGCCACAAGCUACGAUCAAGCUAUCUCCUGCUACGAUCGAGCGCUCGCUUCCUGCCCAAAUUACCUCGACUACGACGUUGCCGUUAUUCACAGUAAUAUCGCCGCUUGCCAUUUGAAACUGGAAGCUUGGAAGUCGGCGGUAGACUCAGCAACAGUCUCCAUCGAUCGCCUGGAGAAAAUUAUUCCAUCUACCUUGCCGGACAAGGGUGACGAGACGAAAGGGAAAGAAGCAACGAAGCCCGAUGCGAAAGACAAGGAUGACGUAGUCGAAAUCUCAGGCGAUGACGAAGAGGCCGAAUUGGAAGAACUUCAAAGAUUGAAGGAACAGGAUGAGCUCAGGGCCAAGGUCCUGCGACUUCGAGCCAAGAUUCUCAUGAGACGCGCAAAGGCGAAAUCCCAGAUUGGUGGCUGGGGUAACUUGCAAGGAGCCUCAGAAGAUUACCAGGCUCUUGUUGCGAUUGAAAACAUCUCGGCCGAUGAUAAACGCGUUGCACAGAAAGCGUUGCGGGAACUUCCUGCGCGAAUCACCCAAGCGCGCGAAAAGGAGAUGGGCGACAUGAUGGGGAAGUUGAAGGAUCUUGGCAACGGCAUCUUGAGCCCAUUCGGCCUUUCGACAGAUAAUUUCAAGUUCGUUCAGGAUCCGAAGACUGGAGGCUAUAACAUGAACUUCCAAUCCUGA